AUGUUAAACGACUUCUUCCUGUCGCUGGCCACUCAAAACGUGGACAUCUUCCGGCUGGAGCGCGCAAGAGGGGGCACUGCCGUGCACAAGGUGGACAUCUCUCAUGCAGUCGAGCGGCGGGUGGGCAGCUUGCAACACCGGCCACAGCAGGAUCAGAACCAUUCUAAGCCUCACGUACUUUGGAAAGACAUGAAUGGCCUGCUUCCUGCAGAUUGGGACUAUGGCAAGCGAUGGCUGCAGCAGGACCCAUCAGAAUCACGGAGAUACGGAGAAAGCGGUUGCGCCCUUUUACCGCUGCAAUCACGAGCAACGACCACGACGGCCGCCGUCAGUGUGACGUCAGCAAGACCGGGCGGCCGGCCGCACGAGAGAACGCUCAAGUUCGACAUGCACAACGCCGCUAAGGACCUCAUUGACCUGCAGAUGGUUGAGGACGCGCGCGCGCUCGUCCUGACGGACAGUACCCUCCAGCCGAUGUCCUGCGCGAGCGGCUCUUCCCGGUGGUCGCAGACGUCCGGCUGCGCUUCUUCUGAAGCUGACACAUCGUACCCGGGAGUGGGUCCUGCCCGCGGCGCUGCGCUAGGGGCCCACCUGGCGGCUGUUCGACCUCCGGUUCGGGUACCGAGUACUCGCAAAGGUCGGUGCACUAGUACUGGUCAGCGGGAGGUUGGAUCCACAGAGCGUGCGACCUCCACGGGGCAGCGAAAGCUCGGCCGGGAACAGAACACUAAGGUUGUACUUAUACAAAACGCGUCAGCGGCCUCGGGCUAA